CCAUCACUAAGCAAUUCUCACGCGCGAAGCCAUCGUCGUGGCCUUUUCUCCGCUUCCGCCUCACCACGGCAGCAGGUGGAUAGGUGCCUCGUGUACCGGGCUGCUCGCAACGCUUCUUACCACUUCUAACGCGAGCUGCCUAACGCUGCGUAGAGCACGACAGGGCUCUGGGUCAUCUACAACCGACACUGGAUCGUCUCAGCCAUGUCACAGCUCCUGUGAGCAGGCGGAUGCCCCUCAUUGACAAACUGUUCCCCUCCCCUCUCUCCGGACUCCGGAACAUAUCCAAGAUGCUGAAUCCGGACCGACAACAGCUGUGAUUAGUUGCUCAUGGACUUGUUUGACUGCAAACAUGGCUGCCUAAUUAGCCAAUUGGCAUUGAGUACUGCAGCUGUAAGUCACGAAUGAUGAAUGAAUGAAUGAAUGAAUGAAUGCCACCAUGUAGCAAGCCAGCCGGCCCGGCCCUACGUCUCUAGGGAUGGCGGUUUGUAUCAUCUAUCUAUUCGCUUAUCUUCCACCCACGUAGAUUGUCUUCCGAGUGAUGCACCAUCAGUACCGUCACUAGACUGUCAAUAGCGAGAAUUAUGUAGACAAACAUGCAGUACGGCACCUCACAAACAUGUUGUGCCGAGGCGUAUCCCUCGGUUUGCCAGAUCUACCGCUUGCCCGCCUGCUCACGUACACAAACACACCUGGGCAUGCAGUGGCACACCCCACGUUGAACGUGAUCAAGGAUUAGUCAAGCUGUCCAUGAGCAGAAUGGGAAAGUGCUGGUCCCGACUGGUGAUGCAAGUACCUAGCUUACGAGAUGACAUGGGCAUAUGAGGGCGUCCUACAUUGAUACAUACACAGUAGGAGCGGGUAUAGGGUGAUGCGUGAACUGAAGGACACCAGCCCACGAAUGAUUGUGGGCAUGAAUGUAUGCACACAUUUCGCAAAUAUCAUGUUCCGCGCGGGUUGCCAUGCCAUCGUUGAUCACCUAAUGUGAAUGUUUGGGAAAGAGGAGGCAAACAGAGAGCAUCGCAUCCGCUAUACCCAAUCCGGUAGCGGCUUGGCACUCCCACACUCGUCUUUCCAGCUAAGCGAAUAUUUCGAACACCAUCAAGUUCAACUAACCAGCAGCAAACCUCACUCGGUCCCGGAUCCCAUUCACGCACAUCUCAGAGCCCAGGAACCGUUCGCCAUGUCUGAGCAAUCUCACCGCCUCUACGUGAAGGGAAAGCACAUUUCCUACCAGCGCGGCAAGCGAAACACCAACCCCGGAACCUCCCUCCUCAAGCUCGAAGGCGUCGACUCCACCGAGGCGGCACAAUGGUACGCUGGUAAGCGUGUGGCCUACGUCUACCGCGCUCAGCGAACAGUCCGGGGAUCCAAGAUCAGGGUCAUCUGGGGCAAAGUCACCCGCCCUCACGGCAACAGCGGUGCUGUCCGCGCCAAGUUCAGGUCCAACCUGCCACCGAAGACUUUCGGUGCCUCCGUCCGCGUCAUGCUUUACCCUUCUUCGAUAUAA